UUGUGAACUCUGACCCUUCCCGACGCAUGCGCACAGCUGCAAAACCUACACCAAGAUGUCAGGAGUGGGGAAGGAUCGGCUGGACGUUUUCCCGUCCCGCAUGAACAUGAUGGUGAUGCGGGGCCGACUGAAAGGAGCCCAGAAGGGCCACAGCCUGCUGAAGAAGAAAGCCGACGCCCUUACCAUGAGGUUCAGACAGAUCCUCGCCAAGAUCAUCGACACAAAGAUGCUGAUGGGGGAGGUUAUGAAAGAUGCUGCCUUCUCAUUGGCUGAGGCCAAGUUCAUCAUCGGAGAUGUGAAUCAAAUAGUUCUACAGAAUGUAACCAAAGCUCAGACUAAAGUCAGGUUCAAAAAGGACAAUGUUGCAGGUGUGUCCCUGCCAGUGUUUGAGCACUACGCGGACGGAAGUGACACGUACGAGCUGGCAGGUCUGUCCCGAGGUGGACAGCAGGUGUCCAAACUAAAGAAGAACUACGGGAAGGCUGUGGAGCUGCUGGUAGAUCUGGCCUCUCUGCAGACAGCUUUCAUCACGCUGGACGAGGUCAUCAAGAUCACCAACAGAAGAGUCAACGCCAUCGAGCAUGUGAUCAUCCCCAGAAUUGAGAACACCCUGUCCUACAUCAUCUCUGAGCUGGAUGAGAGGGAGAGAGAAGAGUUCUACAGGUUAAAGAAGAUCCAGGAGAAGAAGAAGAUAAUCCGUGAGAAGGCUGAGCAGCGAGCGGCGGCCAUGCGAGCGCAGGGGGAGUACAAGGAGCCGGCCAACCUGCUGGAGGAGGAGCACGACUCAGACCUGCUGUUCGAGACGUAGUUAUCAAGUCAAGACUUAACAUGAAAGUUCAUCUGUAUCGGUAAAUGACAUAUGAAACAACUAAAAUUUAUUUAACCAACACUUAUAGACCAUUGUGACUUACCCAAAUUGUUCACGGAAUGUUGGACGUUUCUGUCUCGCUAGACAAAGUCAAAAUUCUGGAUUCACAGUCAGAUUUAUUUGCAAGAAAGAGGCUGUGUACAUCCAAGCCCACCGUCCAACACUGAACAGAGACAGGGGGCGACACAGGUUAUCUGGUACCUAUGACCCGCUGCUGCAGUCACAUGUCCAUUCUGUGAACAAGUCUGACAGAAUUAAGCUGAAAAUUUUGGUGAGUCCCAACUAGUGUUGCCUAAUGUUAAGUUAAGUUGUUUCAUUGUUUUAGGCAAUUUUUUGUUGACUUUCUUUGUCAGGUUUUCUUUUUGUCGGCCAGCCUUG